CCUACAGAUCAAAGAGACCAAAUGGAAGAUUGCAGUUCAGAUCUACAUGAUAAAUCGGGUUUAUCAUCCAAAUUGAAGUCGCUAGAGGAAAAAGCCAUGAAGUUCCUAAAGGACGAGCUGAAGACGUUUGUGAGGCACCUAGAUCAGAAUUACCCAGAAUGCUCUGAGCCUCAGCUGGAGGAGGACAAUGCCCUGGACUGUGAUGGUCAGAUGCAGAAGACCAGUGUUAGAGAGGUAGCUCUGAAGAUCACAGUGUACAUCCUGAGGAUCAUGAAACAUAAUGAUCUUGCUGACCUGCUGGACAAGAGACAGCUCAUGCUGCAACAUCAACAGGAAAUGAAAUGUAAACUUAAGAAGCAAUUUGAGUGUGUAUUUGAAGGGAAAGCUAAGGAAGGACAGCCAACACUUCUCAGUGAGAUUUACACAGAACUCUACAUAACUGAAGGUGGGACUGGAGCAGUCAAUGAUGAACAUGAAGUGAGACAGAUUGAAACAGCAUCCAAGAAAAGUCGAACAGAAGAUACUACAGUCAAGUGCAAUGAUAUAUUUAAACCCUUAUGUGGGCGUGUGACACCUAUCAGAACUGUACUCACUAAAGGGGUGGCAGGUAUCGGGAAAACAGUCUCUGUGCAGAAAUUUAUUCUCGACUGGGCAGAAGGAAAAGCAAACCAGGAUGUUCACUUCAUAUUUGCUCUUCCUUUCCGGGACCUGAAUUUGAUUAAGGGUGAAUACAGUCUCAUUGAACUGCUUUGCCACUUUGUCCCAGAACUGAAAUCUCUUGAAUCCACUGAGCUGUUUAUGUACAAAAUCUUGUUCAUCUUUGAUGGUCUGGACGAGUGUCGCCUUCCUCUGGAUUUUCAGAACAAUGAGAGCUGGUUUGAUGUAACAAAGAAAACGUCACUGGAUGUGCUGUUGACUAACCUCAUUAAGGGGAAUCUGCUCCCAUCUGCUCUCCUCUGGAUAACCUCCCGGCCAGCAGCAGCCAAUCAGGUACCUCCUGAGUGUGUCCACCAGGUGACAGAGAUACGAGGGUUCAGUGAUGCCCAGAAGGAGGAGUAUUUCAGGAGGAGAUUUAGGGAUCAGAGCCUGGCCAGCAGGAUUAUCACACAUGUGAAAUCAUCAAGGAGCCUCUUCAUCAUGUGCCACAUACCUGUGUUCUGCUGGAUUUCAGCCACUGUGCUUAAGAGGUUUUUUAGUGAGACUGACAGGGGAGAAAUUCCAAAGACUCUGACUGAAAUGUACACACACUUCCUGAUCUUUCAGACAAGUGUAAAAAAUGACAAGUAUAUGAAAAACCAUGAAACUAAGCUUAAAGAAUACAGCAAGGAAUUCCUUUUGACACUUGGUGAACUUGCUUUUGACAACCUUGAGAAAGGCAAUCUCAUAUUUUAUGAGCAAGAUCUGACAGAGAAUGGCAUUGAUGUCAGUGAAGCUUCAGUUUACUCUGGAGUGUGCACAGAAGUCUUUAAAGAGGAGUAUGGGUUAUACCAGGAGAAGGUGUACUGCUUUGUGCAUCUGAGCAUCCAGGAGUAUCUCGCUGCUUUAUAUGUGUUUCUGUCAAACUCAUCAGCUGACCUGCUGAAGACUGCAGUGGAUCAGGCAUUAGAGAGCAAGAAUGGACACUUGGACCUCUACCUCCGCUUCCUCCUGGGCCUCUCAACAGACUCCAGUAAGACUCUGUUACAAAGGCUACUGGGGCCGACAAGAAUCACCUCACAUAUCAUUAAGGAUAGAGCCCAGUACAUCAAGGGGAAAAUAAAGGAGAAUUUAUCUCCAGAAAGGACCAUCAAUCUGUUCCACUGUCUGACUGAAUUGGGUGACAAUUCUCUAGUAGAGGAAGUACAAAGAUACCUGAAUUCAGGAAACAUUUCAGCAGAUGACCUCUCACCUGCACAGUACUCAGCUCUGGCCUUUGUGAUGCUGAUGUCCGAUGAGGAGCUGGAUGUGUUUGACCUGAAGAAAUACAUCAGAUCGGAUAAACAGCACUGCAGGCUGCUGCCUGUGGUCAAGAACUCCAGGACGGCUCUGCUGAACAGCUGUGAUCUCAUAGAUAAACACUGUGAAGUGCUGUCUUCAGCUCUCAGAUCAAACUCCUCACCCCUGAGAGAGCUGGACCUGAGUGACAAUGACCUGCAGGACUCAGGAGUGAAGCUGCUCUCUGCUGGACUGGGGGACUUACACUGUAAACUGGAGAUACUGAGACUGUCAGGCUGUAGAGUCACAGAAGAAGGCUGUUCUUCCCUGGCUUCAGCUCUGAAGUUAAACCCCUCACACCUGAGAGAGCUGGAUCUGAGCUACAAUCACCCAGGAGAUUCAGGAGUGAAGCUACUCUCUGCUGUACUGGAGGAUCUCAGCUGUAAACUGGAGAAGCUGCAGGUGGGCCGGUGUGAACUCACAGAGAAAUGCUGUGAGGCACUGGCUUCAGCUCUCAGAUCAAACUCCUCACCCCUGAGAGAGCUGGACCUGAGUGACAAUGACCUGCAGGACUCAGGAGUGAAGCUGCUCUCUGCUGGACUGGGGGACUUACACUGCAACCUGGAGAUACUGAGGUCAGUCUGACUGGGUAUUCCACACUGUAAACUGGGGGUAGUGAGGUGAGUAUUACUGGGUAUUUCACACUGUACGCUGGAAAUACUAAGGUAGAAAAUAACUAAUGAUUUCAAAAUAAAGCAGGAGUAUCUAAGUCUAGGGGUUGACUUAAAAAAUAACAUUAGAUUCGCUACAGUAAGUGGAAUGUCGAAAGUAAGACUGCAUUGGAGGUUAAGGAUGACAUUAAAAGUUUCUUCCAAUAUUUUAACUCCCAAAGAGCUCUAAAAGCUGAACUCACUCAUCUGCAGGAUAGUAAGGGCCUUAUAAUUGAAAAUGAAAAUUGAUAUAGUAAAUGAGUUUAAUGAUUAUUUUACACGGGUGUUCACAGUAGAGGACAUGAUUAACUUACCACCAUUUAGUACAAAUACAGUGUCGUAUAUAAACAAUAUACAGUCCCUCCACAAUUAUUGGCCCCCUUGUAAAGAUUUGUAAAAAGGGUUAGAAAAAAAUCCACCUUUUGGCGAAGCAGCUUCAUCUCACACUGAAAAAAAUGAGAAAAAUCCAACCUUUCAUUGAAAUAAAUGUAUUCAAAGAAAAACAAAUCCUUCAUCAAGAAAUAAUUAUUUUCAACAAAAACACACGAUUAUUGGCAGCCCUGCUUUUAAUACUCUGUACAGCCUCCCUUUGCCAGUAUAACAGCACUGAGUCUCCUAUAACAUUUUAUAAGGUUGGAGAAUACAGAGCAGGACAUCUGAGACCAUUCCUCUUUACAGAAUCUCCCCAGAUCACCCAGGGUCCUCGGCCCUCUCUUGUGCACUCUCCUCUUUAGCUCAGCCCACAGGUUUUCAGUGGGGUUCAGGUCAGGGGACUGAGGUGGCCAUGGCAGAAGCUUGAUUCUGCGGUCAGCUGACCAUUUUAAUGUUUAUUUGGACAUGUGCUUAGGAUCAUCGUCCUGCUGGAAGAUCCAAUGAAGGCCCAGUUUUUGUUUCCUGGCAGCAGCAGCCAAAUUUUGAUAUAAAAUGUCCUGGUAUUUCAUGGACCCCAUAGUGCCAUGUACCCUAACGAGGUUUCCAGGGUAUUUGGAGGAAAAACAGCUCCACAACAUCACAGAACCUCCACCAUAUCUUACAGCUGGGAUAAGGUUCAUUUCAUUAUAACCAUCCUUCUUUUUACGCCAAACCCACCUUGAAUGUUUAUUGCCCAAAAGCUCCAUUUUUGUUUCAUCUGAUCAUUGAAUUUCAUUCCAGUCAAAGUUGUAUAAUGUUUUGCAAACUCCUGGCUCUAACAUUUUAAGUAACUGACAGAAAAAGCUUCUUUCUGUCAUAACUUUCAAAACGUCUGUUAGCAUGAAGGGGGCAUCUGAUGGUUUUUUGGAGACGUGGUAACCCCAAGAUUUUACUUUGUCUGGUAAUUGACUAACAGUCAUCCUUGGGGAUUUUUGUCUCUCUUACGAUCAUCCUCACUGUAUGUGGGGGCAAAAUAAACUUGGGUCCUCUUUCAGGCAGGUUUCUAACAGUUCCAGUUGAUGUCCACUUUUUAAUUAUUGCCCUAACAGUAGAAAUGGGCAUUUUAAGGCGAGUAGCUAUUUUUUAAUACCCAUUCCCUGACUUAUGAAGGUCAGCACACUUCUCCCUCAUUUGGUCUGUGUGUCUCUUAUCUUUCCCAUGUUGAUGGAUGACUAAGGGAAUUUGGGCUCUGUGUCUCCUCAUGUUUGUACCCCAGUUACUCAGGAAGUCAUGGAUUACAGCUUGAAGGUUCCUAUUCACUUCAAUCAACUCAAAUAUGUAUAAUUUACAUGGGAAACAUGCUUCAGUUACAUUGUGUUUGUCACGCUACGUAAAUUCGGGUAAGGCAGGUGGGCAGGAAGGACCAGGCAGGAAGGCGGUAAACGGGGCAAACGAGGGUUUAAUUGGGAAUAGGGCAGGACGGAAACGCAGGCAGGGACAAACGGCAGGUAACGUCAAUGACAGACAACGGGUUAGUGUACAACAGAGACUUAAAUACAGGGAACUAAUCAGAAAAGAACAUGACGCGACUGGGCACAAUCAGGGAAUCACACGUGGGUAAUUAGGGGCGUGGCACACACGAGGAGCGGACGGAGCGGGCGUCACAGUGUUCACUAUAAUUUGCAGGGCUGCCAAUAAUCGUGGCUCAUGUGUUUUUGUUAAAAAUAAUUAUUUAUUGAUGAAGGAUUUGAUUUUCCUUCAAAUAAAUUGAUUUUAAGUAAA